GGCCCAAAAACACUCUCAAAUAGUAAUACAAACGUAGAGCUUUCAGAGCGCUCUCUCUCUCUCGAUGUUCGUCAGCAAUGAAUGGCUCCCAAGCUCGAGCGUCCCACGAGCGCCCCCAAUAUCGCGGGGAGUGCGAGGAGGAGCGCUUCUCACUCACCGCCUUCAUCGUAUGCUCCAGUGCCGCGUGUACUGCCCACAUGCCUCCAGUUCCAUUGCCCAUCUCCAAUCCUCUUUCCUUUCAUCGUCAUCGUCACCGCCAUCGCCAUCGAUUUCAGAUGCUCUCAGGAGGAAGAGGAGGAUUGCGGAUCGAUUUGAGCGCAGCUAUUGGUUUUGGGAAGGAUUGGAGCGGUGGAAUCGUGGUGGCAUUGAGGAAAGAGGUCGGAUAUUGAUGAUAGGCCUUGGCAGGGAGGGGGCGCAUAUAUGGAGACGGGGUUGAAGGGUAUGAGAUCGCUCCUGAUGGUUCCUUUCCACGAGUCUGAUCAGAUGGAAUGGCAGAUCCCGUCAAUCAUGGCAAUUCCAACCGCGAUCUCUAUCAAGCACUUAUUGCAUUGAAGAAAGGUUCCCAAUUAAUCAAGUAUAGUCGUAAAGGAAAGCCUAAGCUGUGCCCAUUCAGGAUUUCUAGUGAUGAAACAGCAUUAAUUUGGCUAUCUCACAAGAAGGAAAGGACUCUUUACUUGGCUUCUGUAAUACGUCUUAUACCUGGUCAGAGAACUGCUGUAUUUAGAAGAUUUUUACGGCCUGAAAAGGAUUACUUAUCUUUUUCUCUUGUCUAUAAAGGCGGUGAACGAACCUUAGAUCUGGUUUGCAAAGAUCAAGCUGAGGUAGAGGUAUGGUUUACAGGACUUAAGGCUUUGGUAUCUACCCACCAACGGAGGCAUUCUAGAUUUGAUGGGCAGAGUGAUGAUGGUAGGGACUCUGUUCACAGUGGUCUCGCUUAUGGUGCAACACUAGAAGGUACUUCGACCAUUUCCCCAGGCGCCCUGGUUGAUUAUGACAACAAAGGAUCUCCAUUGAAUUUGGCAGGGUCAGAUGUGGGCUCAGAUUGUCCAAAUAUGCAACUAAGAUUAAGUAACGCAGAUGCUGUUCGCCUUAGUAUUUCAAGUGCCCCCAGUUCUUCAAGUCACGGUUCUGGACCAGAUGACAUCGAGUCAUUAGGUGAUGUUUAUGUUUGGGGAGAACUAUGGUGUGAUGGGAAUUUACCAGAUGGUUCUAGAGACUAUUUAUGUUCACAAUCAGACAUUAUACUUCCAAAACCUCUAGAAUCAGAUGUUGUCUUGGAUGUUCAACAAAUAGCAUGCGGUGUCAGGCAUUUUGCUUUGGUUACUAGACAAGGAGAAGUUUUCACAUGGGGUGAAGAAUCUUGUGGGCAGCUUGGUCAUGGAAAUGACUUAAAUAUCAGUCGGCCUCGGCUUGUUGAAUCACUUUCACUCUGGAGUAUGGAUUAUGUUGCAUGUGGUGAAUAUCAUACUUGCGCUAUAUCUACAGCUGGUGACUUUUUAACUUGGGGAGAUGGAACACAUAAUACCGGACUUCUUGGACAUGGCACUGGUGUCAGCCACUGGAUUCCUAAGAGAGUCUCUGGCCCUCUGGAGGGACUGCAAGUUUUGUCUGUGGCAUGUGGCACGUGGCAUUCAGCACUCAUUACUUUUAAUGGAAAAUUAUAUACUUUUGGUGAUGGGACAUUUGGUGUACUUGGUCAUGGUGAUCGAGAAAGCAUUGGAUAUCCCAAGGAAGUAGAAUCCCUGCACGGAUUAAGAACAAUUAAAGUUGCAUGUGGCCUAUGGCAUACAGCAGCAAUUGUUGAGGUAAUGGGGCAAGCUGGAGUCAAUGUUGUUUCUAGGAAGUUAUUUACCUGGGGUGAUGGAGAUAAAUAUCGUCUAGGUCAUGGUGAUAAGGAAGCACGGCUUAUCCCCACUUGUGUUCCUUCUUUAAUUGAUUACAACUUUCAUCAACUGGCAUGUGGACACAACAUUACUGUUGCACUCACAACAUCUGGACAUGUUUUUACCAUGGGAAGUAUAGCGCAUGGGCAACUUGGAAAUCCACAAGCGGAUGGCAAAAUUCCUUGUUUAGUGCAAGACAGAUUGGUUGGGGAGCUUGUGGAAGAGAUUGCUUGUGGAGCUUAUCAUGUUGCUGUACUAACAUCACGAAGUGAAUUAUAUACAUGGGGAAAAGGUGCCAAUGGGCGACUAGGACAUGGUGACCUUGAAGAUCGGAAAACACCUACCCUUGUUGAAGCUUUGAAAGACAGGCAUGUCAAAAGCAUAUCCUGUGGCUCAAAUUUCACAGCAUGCAUUUGCAUUCAUAAGUGGGUAUCUGGUGCAGACCAAUCUCUUUGCUCAGGUUGUCGACAAGCAUUUGGUUUCACUCGAAAAAGGCAUAAUUGUUAUAACUGUGGAUUGGUCCAUUGCCAUGCUUGUAGUUCCAGGAAAGUUUUGAAAGCUGCAUUGGCACCGACUCCAGGCAAACCGCACCGCGUCUGUGAUUCAUGUUAUUUAAAGCUGAAGGCAUCAGAAGCUGGCAAUGCCUAUGCUGCUCGGAAGAGUAUCAUUCCUCGCCAUUCCAUUGAUAUCAGGGAGAAGUCAGACCGGGGAGAAAUAAGAUCUUCAAGAAUUUUGUUGUCACCCAGAACUGAACCUGAAAAAUAUAUUGAAGUAAAAUCUGUCAAGCAUGAUAUGAAAUCAGAUUCUCCAUCUCUAAUCCGAGCUUCGCAAGUUCCUGCGUUAUUGCAGUUAAAAGACAUCUCAUUUCCUAGCUCAAUGAGUGCUGUUCAAACUGCUUUAAAACCAAUUGUUACGUCAGAAUCUUCACAAACUGGCAAUUCCAAGCCAACAUCUCCAUAUGCAAGGAAGCCCAGUCCUCGAAGUUCUGUUACACCUGUAUUUUCUAGAGGUAUCAUUGAUAGCCUUAGGAAGACUAAUGAAAUCCUGAAUCAUGAAGUUUCAAAGCUGCAAGCCCAAGUUAAAAAUCUGAAGCAGAAGUCUGAAAUUCAUGAUGCUGUACUGCAGAAAGCACAAAAGAAGGCCGAAGAAUCUUCAUUUUUAGCUGCAGAAGAAUUUGCAAAAUUUAAAGCUUCAAUUGAAUUCAUAAAGUCUCUUGAUAAGCAGCUUAAGGAUCUGACGGAGAAAUCGCCUUCAGAACUGGGUGAAAGUUUAAAAUCCAUGCAUAUUCAAGCAGAAUCAUUUCUAAAAAGUAACGAAAAUCACGCAUCAGAGUUUUCUUCUUCCAUUGUAAUGGAUUCCUCAGGGAAUCAUCACUCUUAUUCUAAUAAUGGUGGAGGAGCUGAUGUCCACGGUCAGAGGAUAGAGAAUGCAAACGAGGAGCCUGACUCAUCACACAAUUAUAUCGUAGGCAGUGCUCAGCACAGUAACCAAUCAGCAAUCACUGAAACCAGAAAUGAUGCUUCUCAUCAAAGCACGGACAAUGGAGUUAGAUCGCCAGAACUUUCUUCCAUGAAUCAUACUAAUGUUGGAGAAGUUCAAUUGGUAGAGCAAUUCGAGCCUGGAGUAUACGUGACUCUUGUUCAACUUCCUAAUGGAACCAAAAUAUUUAAACGGAUUAGAUUCAGCAAGAGAAGGUUUGGUGAGCAGCAAGCUGAAGAUUGGUGGAAUAAAAACAAUGAAAGGGUUCUCAUGAAAUACAGUCAUCGAGUUCCUGUUGCUGCUUCUACACAGAACUCAAGUGCACCACCGGCUGAUGAUGAACAGGGUGCUGCAGCAUCUUCCCAAGCUUAGGCUUUUUGUGGUUUCACCACUGUUUUGACAAUAGGAAUAGUCAGAAAGCAGUCACCACAAGCUGAUCGCAAUAAUCUCCUUGGAUGGCUGGAGUAUAGAGUAACCUUGCGGUGGUUUAAAACUAUUUAUUCAGCUCAAAAUACAAUGAAGCAGACGCCCCAUUACAAGUGUGUGCAGAAUUUUUUUCCCCACGAGCAAAAUGGAAAGCAGGCAAACAGAUGGAUGAAAGUUAAAGUGCGGGUGCAAACCAUGGGGAGACAUUCUAAGUAAUUUUUGCCUGAUCAAAUCAUUGAAUAAUAUAUGAUGCAUGUAAGUCAUUGAUUCUAGAAUUUAUUGUCACACUGGUGUGUAUGCAAUGUUAGCCAAGAACUAGGUUAAGAAUUGAAAAUUUCCAAAUAUUCAUGCGUGGAUGCCUAGCCAACCUUAUCAUGUUUUAACUGCUGAAAAUAAAGAGAAAAGGAACAGAAUGUUGUUUGGUUUUGCAUGAAGAGAAUAAGGGGAAAUUUAUUGUUUUUGUUAAAAAUUAGUAACUUUAUUUUGACAAGUCAGCAAGGCAUGCUGUUUGUAAAAGUACCA